CAUGUAAAAUGAAUAGAAGAGAUCUGUCUUUGUGCUGGUCAUGUCUCUAUUCGCUUCAUGGAUAAUAAAAUAGUUGUUCUAAUAACUUCAUGUUAGCAUUGACAUGAGGUUUUUCAUCCAUUGUGGUUUUUUGAUGUGUCCUUUCCCCAAAGAAAAAAAUUCAAAUUAUUUCAUAGAGCAGAACUCUUCUAUUCACUCCAGUGUGGGCACCAUAAAAUACACUAGUGUAAAUUAUUCCCAUUGCUUGAAUUUUUCCAUAAUUCACUCAGAUGUUCAUUGUCCUUUUUAUAUUUUUCCCCCCAAGUACAAAUAAUACUGAAAGUCAUGAGAGGGAGGGGAGUCGGUAGAUUCUAGUGUAAGCCCUUGUUACAGAAAUUUCAAAAAGUCAUUUGUUCAGAGGCAGUUGAUGUGGCUUUUCCCAAGUUUUGAGCUAGUCAGACUGUGAUGGACUGCUUGACAGCUCAGCUCUGCUGAGGUUUUUACACCUUCUGUUCAAACUUAUUAUUUAUUUGUGAUAGUAAAUAUCUGCUGGCAGUCUCGUCAUUCUAAAUUGCUUUGCAUUAAUGCAUGUAUGUUAGGAAAAGCAGUACUUCGUGCUGCAAAUUAUUUCAACUGAUGAGUUGCUGUUGAAUGGUCUUUGUUCGUUGUUAAUGUUAUUACACCUGUGUCUAACAAGCUACGUAUUAAAUUGAUUUGCAGAAUGGGAAAUGUCACGAGUAAUGUAUUAUACUUGUUUAAUUUGGCACUGCAUUUAUUUCUUGUUAACAUGUUGUUUUGCCAAUAUCAAUAUCGCAUCUUUAGGUCCUUGGGUUUUUUAAGCAUCACCUAGAAAAUUUAGCAAUAAUUUAAACUCACAUACAGGUUACUGAGCAGUGAAACAGCACUUUUACUCAACAGUGAGUGCAACAACACUUAGCACUUGCAUAAAACAUUUAUUUACAGUGUGUGUUAACAUUAAUGGAAGCUAUUCUCUAUGAUGCUCAUUCAAAUGUAAUGAAGGCUAACCGUGAUUGGAAAUUGUUGCUCUUGUGCAGUGGAUGAAGUUAGUCAGUGGCUCAGUCUUGAUCCUGCUGGACAGUACAAAGUUCUGUAGUUACUUACCACAAGUGUACUAUUUAUCAAGAAGCGUAAAGGUGGUAGUGUGAGCUACUUGCCUCUCAUGUUUCUCAGUUGCCUAUCACUGUCAAGAGGUGCAGCUAUAUUUACCUUUUUUUCAGGGUGGUAUCUCCAGGGCAGAGCUGCUGCUUGCCAGCAGGGCAGUGUUGCAGGUUUUAGCUCAUAGUACUUUGGCCCACUGUAGUUCAGGCUUCUCCUGAAGGAAUCCUUUACUGUGAGAGCUCUCUGUCAAAAAUUGGAUUCUGCCCUGGAAGAUGCAUUCUCAUGUGGACAGCCAACUAUUCCUCAAACUCAAAUAAUCCAAGUAGCAUUCUUAACAGUAUAGUCCUAUUUCAAAACCUUAGUAUAGGGUAAGAGAUCAUUAAUUGAAGCCUGCUGCUUUGUAAACCCACAAGUAUUUUGUCCUUGUUUAAGAUGGAUAUGCUUCGUUAAUCUUUCAGUGAAACAGCCUAUUGCUCACGCAUACCCUCUACAGUACAAAGACUGAUGAAUAGAGAAGGUGGAGAUACAUUGUCUUUUGUAUUUUUCCAGAUGCGUAUAGGUUUAAUUUUACCUGAAACUAGAGCGUAAUCAAAGUGCGCACAUAAUUGAGCAUAUACUACAUUUGCUUUCGCUUUUUUGUCUUUUGCUGUCUGUUUUAUCCUGUGAUAACUGGGGUGCUUGUCAAUAAAUGUCUUACAAAAGCUUGUAUGUGCAUCCUCCCAUCAUAAUCAAACUGUCUAACUCACCAGUGGAUGUUGAAUACUGCAGUCAAAUUGCCCUUGCUGUCACAUUUCAAUAUAUUCUAUUGCAGUUUUUCUACCUGAAAUUUUAGUAACUGGAAACUUCACUGUGCAGUUACCUUGGAAAGCAAAUCAAGCUCUUAACUUGAUCUCUUAUGUUCUGUUUACCAAGCAACUGAAAUAUUUAUUUAAAAAGUUUGUGCAUCAAGGAAAAUGCGGACUUAAAGUACAACAUUGUGGUGUAUAUAUUGAAUAAUUGUGUGUUAAAAGCCAAUUUGUUUUGUUCUUGGUAAACCAUCAUGCUUAAAAAAAAAAAAUCCAUAUUUUUCUCAACUGACCAUACCCUGUAUCUGUCCUAUGUCUCUUUUUCCCUUUCAUCUUUUGCUGUCUGUAACUGGAUGGGGCUGAUGGGAUCCACAAAUCACUUCAGGAGCUGGAUGAGCUUGCUGAUGAUCGUAUGGCACUGGUAUCGGGAAUAAGUUUAGAUCCCGAAGCAGCAAUUGGAGUAACAAAACGUUUACCUCCCAAAUGGGUUGAUGGAGCAGAUGAAAUUCAGUAUGAUAUUGCCAGGGUUAAACAGAAGAUGAAAGAAUUAGCCAGUCUUCAUGAUAAACAUCUAAACAGACCAACACUGGAUGACAGCAGUGAAGAGGAGCGGGCAAUAGAAAUAACAACCCAAGAGAUCACGCAGUUAUUUCACAGAUGUCAGAGAGCAGUCCAGGUCUUGCAGAGCAGGUCACGUAGUUGUACAGAACAAGAAGCACGUGUUCUCAGGAAUGUAGUGUCUUCCUUAGCACAGUCCCUUCAGGACCUAUCCACCAACUUUAGGCAUGCACAGUCUGACUAUCUCAAACGCAUGAAGAAUAGAGAAGAAAGAUCCAAACACUUCUUCGACACCUCAGUCCCACUGAUGGAUGACGGGGAGGAUGAUACACUUUAUGAUAGAGGUUUUACAGAUGACCAGCUAGCAUUGGUGGAGCAAAACACAUUAAUGGUGGAAGAGCGGGAACGAGAAAUCCGUCAGAUUGUACAGUCAAUCUCCGAUCUCAAUGAAAUAUUUAGGGACCUGGGCGCAAUGAUAGUAGAACAGGGAACAGUUCUAGAUAGAAUUGACUACAAUGUCGAACAGUCAUGUAUGAAAACUGAAGAGGGUCUAAAACAACUACAUAAGGCAGAGCAAUAUCAAAAGAAGAAUCGGAAGAUGCUUGUUAUUUUAAUUUUGUUUGUUAUAGUAAUUGUCCUCAUUGUUGUUCUUAUUGGUGUAAAGUCACACUAAGUUUCACUUCAUUUUUUGUUUUUGGAGUAUAUGUGAACUUUUUCCCCAAUGUGAAUGGAUGGACCUGCACUCCAGAAAGCUGCCUUUGAAUGUAUAAGCCCUCGUGGUGCCAAGUCUGUGCAAUGUUUCUGUUGACUUCUUCAGAGUACAAAUUUGGUGAUAUGUGGGGUGUUUGUAAGGAUUAUAUGGAAAAUGUCAGGAAAUGUGAUGCUCCCAACAAAUAAUUUGGUGCUUUAUGCAGAGGUAUUUGGAAACACAGUACUUAAAAAAAUAAUUACAAAAUUUAAGUUUACCAGUGAUUACAGUAAUUAGUGUGUUACUGUGGACAAAAAAGUGUUGUCUUCAUUAUUCUUAUGUCACAAUUGUUACAGGCUUAAAAUUUAAACCAUGUUACUGAGUUAUGGGACUAGAUAACAAAAAUUUAUCUAGGUGGAAAAUAUGUUGAGGCAUAAAAAUGUUUGACUUCAUCUCCUUUCUUCCAGACUCAAAACCUCCAAAUAACUGGAUAGACAGCUAAAAAAGAAAGCUUUUAGCAACCAGAACAUAAUCCAACCCCUGUGAUCUUAAUUUAGAUACUGGACCAUUACUAAGAAUCAGAGUAGUACUUGAUCUUGUAAAUAACAAGAUUUAAUCACUGGCAUAAUUUAACACAGUUAAUUAAAAAAUUUUCUGAGCUUGAGUAAUCAUGGGAAUGUUUUUCCUCACCAGAAUGAUCAUACAUAUUUUUUCAUGUACAUUUUUUUUAAGUACAGACAUUACGUUAAAGCAGUGGUGAAGUUAAACCUAAAAAGUUAAAUCGAAAGCCAAAAAGAGAAUCUCUAUCUGACCUGCUGUAGUGGGUCUCAGAUGUUUCAAACAUUAGUUGUAUAAGCUGUUUAUUUUACAGUGUGCCUGUCCAUAUGUGUUAUGUUUUCUAUAUAAGAAGUGACUUCACUACAGUGUAUAUUACAUCCAUUUUCCCUGACGGAAGGUUAUUUCUUUCAAAUGUCUGCCUGGAAGAGGACGUGUUUAUACUCUUACUGACCGUGAGAGAUGUCAUGCAACUGACAUGUUACUAGGCCUUCAGUAGAGAAUUUGGGUUUGGUUUUUUCCCCACUACUUUUUUCAGUGGAAAACUUUGCUGUAGGCCAUAAAAGAGAAAUUAGGGCAACAUCUGAGUAAUAGAAUACUCCUGAUUUAAUUCAGGCCUGAAGUGGUGUGCAGUUCUAGAGGCCUUGUCUUAGUAUUUUUAAUAUGGCUUUUCUGUAUGUUUUUUUUUUCCCCAAAGAACUGUAACUUCCUUCAUUUUCUGACUGAUAGAUACCAGUUCUCCCCAUAAACCUGCAGAGGUGCUCUGCUCAAAGCCCCCGAAGUGCAGUUCCAUACUACUAUGAUGAUGAUGUUGCAUACGUUGCCUGCCCUGGGUUUAUCUUUACUAUGUACUAAGGAGGACAUAAGAUGUGGCUUUAAACCAACUUGGUGCAGGAACGGACCUGAAAGCAAAGACUACAAAGAUGUGAAAGCCUUGGCUUUUUGUGUGGCUUAUUGCAAAUAGCUUUGUACCACUUUUGUUACCUCUAGACAAAGGGAAUGUUGAACUUCCAAAACUGCCAAUUCAAACCCUUGAUUAAAUUCAUAAAGUAAGUUGGUAAAGGAAUGAAUGAUGCUUCUAGUUGGGUGUGCAGCUCCCCUGUUCUGGUAAUAGAUCUUUUCAAUGAUCGUGAGUAAAACUACUGUCUCCUUAGUGUGCUGUCUACAUCGGUUGGUGUGAAGCAGCAUAUUGCUAUAAUUUAAUAUACUGUAUUUGCAACUUUCUCGCUAACAUGAGAUCGUGUUAUUUAUUUCUGUCUUGACUGGUGCUUUUGACAUUUUAUCACGGCUAAUGAAUUCAAAGAAGUAAUAAAACACUUCCAACCUAA